CGGUUAUUUUUUUGUAGUUUGUGGAGGUCGGUGGAGUUGUAAAAACACGGACCGAUCAUCUGUUCGACUUGAAAUGGAUAUAACCCCAGGCCAGGAAAUAAAGUUCGACAAAUAUAUAACUCUGUCGCCGUCCACUAACUUCCUUCUGCUAUGUUACUGAAUAUGGCGAUCGGUUUUCCGUUUCCCAACGGUAGAUUAAAGUUCCACCAUAGCAGACGAUUUUUUAAAUCUGCAAGAAAAAUGCUAACUUAUGCGCCAGUUUUGAAAUGGUAGUGAACCUUCAUCAUCACAUCUGUGAUGUUUGACAGAAGGCUAAUUUCAUUGGCUACAGUUGCCGUCUAUGUGUACCAUUGAGGAGGUCUUUCUGAGGGUCAGUUGUGUCAUUAAUUUUAAAGUUCAGAGAACUGCAUGGUUUUACAGAGUUACUGGAUGACGUUAACAAAACCAUCGUGUUGAUCUUCAAUGUAAUUCGGAGUGCAUUUUGUUGUUCAUGUGUUUCAUACAUGAGACAAAACAUAUACAAAGUAAACCUAUAUUUACUUCCUUGACUGAUUACAAAAACUUAUGAACAUAAACAAUUCAUGCUUAAUUCCAUAGGAUUUAGUGUAUAUUCAAUUAACAACAACUAAAGAAGUUAGUUAUCAUGUGUCGAGAAAAUACAUUUGUUAGAGAACGGAAGUACUCGACAACGAAGUUUUUCUUGAUUGUGAAGGAAGCGUAUAUGAAGCGCGCUAAUACGUAGAUAUUCAUCAAACUGAUGUCGACUUCGAUAUGUACUACCAAUUAGUUUUGUUUGUCAACACUAACUACGUCAUUUACCGGAGUUUAGGACUCAUUGAGUUAUGAGUUUCAGGGUAUUCUGUGGUUUAAUACUUUUCUCACAUUAUUGUAAUAUUUCAGUUCAAAGAGUUAUUGAUUCAGCCAUUUACAAAAAAGUCUUACUUGGCAAAACCGUAAAUAACGAUCUGAAUAUAGUACCGUUCUAUUAGUUUCCAGCGGCGUACAAGAGCAAUCUCUUCUGUGGGAUAUGAAUAUAAUAUUUUGAUACAAUCGACACAUAUCCCUACAUAUCUACAAUAAACAGUUACAUAUUUUAAGGAUACUCACAAAAUUUGUGUCUCAUAAAGGUAAAGUUUAAAGUUCAAAGAAUGGAUAAAUUUUACCCUUUUCUGGAAAGCCGCAUAAAAUUAUAUGGCUAUGGAAAUUUAACUUUUCAACAAAACUACUUAUGAGUAGUGUAUAUAUCCGUCGCAAAUGGGAAUGAACAUUGAAACGAACACAUUAUGAAUAUAUCGCAUUGAACAAAGACUCAGAAAAACCAAUUCAUUGUUUAAUGUGGAAUUACAGGUACUACCAUAAAAUAUGAAAACCAUACAUUAAAUACAUUAUUUGCACACCUUCAAACAGUUGUCUUUUACAUGCUUAAUGAUUUUUUUCAAUUUUGUUGUUAUUACAAUAACUCUCAGUUCCCUUUUUCUCUUCAAUUCAAUCUUCCCAAUCUUCUUCUGGCAGAUAUUCCACAUCCGGUUGCUGCUACAUACUACUUACAUUUGUCAAAAUAAGUAGCAUACAUCACGGCAUUCACAUUAUUAUUCCAACUAAAAGUAUCUAUCCAAAAAUUUCUAUACUGUUGUCAUAUAACAAAUGUAAACAUGAAUGAAACUGAAAGUUGGAUGAUUUUAGAAGGAUUUAAAAGAGACGAAAGAGUCCACUGACAAAUCCUGGGAGGGAACAUUCUUGGACCUGAACUAAGAGAUACAUGUUAAUGAUAUUAGAAAUACUUGUGGGAUAUAUUUUUACAGAUAUUAACCUUGAUUCGUGGAUCGAAUCAACAAAGAUUAGAUCACAACUUUUUACUGCUAUUUAAUGAGAUUAUUCAGGUAGGUUAAUAAAUGUAUUCAUAAAAUUGAUUAUUUUUAUCAGAUUUAACAACGAAAACUAUUAGAGAUUACCUUGUGUGGUCAUGUCUCAAAUGAUGUAUUUUAGGGCUUAAAACAAACAAUAGACAAUCAUUUCCUGUUUAUCAAUGUACUUCUAAGUGAAACCCACUGUUGAAUCUAUGGAAAAUUAGUUUUGAAAUGUUUAUGGUUAUCUCAUUCCACAAAACAGUAUGUUCCUUACAUCUUUAGAAAAACAUAGAAUUCCGUAUGUUUACCUCAUUGAAUCGCUUAUAACUCUGAAAAGAAUCAACGAAAUUAAAUUAGUACUUAUUUUCAUUUUAUAUAAAAUUCGUUGCUUCUUUUACUGGAAAUGUAAAACAAUGUAUGUAUUGGCAAACAGGUGAACUAGACUACUAUAUUUUUCUUCAUAUCAAACCUAUUGCAUAUCAAUGAACACAAAACAUUUCCUUGUCAUGUUGAAUAUUUUAUAUUGGUCUAGUUAUUUGAGAUAAUGGAAACAAAACAUUAAAUUUAUUGUUUACGAAUGUACAGUUACCAUGAAAAAAGAUGCUUCAUGUCAUGGGUAUGUUAUUCAUCAUGAAUUUAUCUUAGAUAUUGUGACUUCGAUCAGUGAUAGAUAUUUACAAUUUAUUGUUAUUCACUUGUCUAAACUGUCAGUUACCAUGUUUACAAAUUUUAUUCUAACAUGGCAGAUGUUUAAAAUAGUCUAUAAAAUAAAUUUUUAUGUACCCUAUUGCUUAAAAUUGCAUUACUCGUUGUAAAUAGGUUAUGUUAUCUUAAUUACUUACCUACGUUUGUUACCACUCGUAGAGGAGCAUAGACCACCCCCAGCAUUCUCCGUCUAACUCUGUCCUAGGAAAUCCCUUCCAGUUGUUUCCAGUUGCUAUUGACCAUUCUCAUGCCUGCUUCUUACUCUGUUAAGCUUCCCUUCAGGAUUUCAAGUUACCUCUUGCCUCAUUAUACAGUUUAGUAGUUUCUGCAACGAUAUCCAGUAAACGGACAUUGAGUACUUUAUUUACACAGUUGUUUAUAAAUACCUGUAACCCUUUUGAUGAUGGUUGUUGUUCUUGAAGUUGCAGUUUCGUACAGUAGGACUGUCUUGACAUUCAUUAUGAAGAUUCUGAAUUUGAUAUUGGUUGACAGUCGUUUUGAGUACCAUGAGUUGUUCAACUGUAGGAAUGCUGUCGUUACCUUGCCAAUCCUUGCCUUUAUGUCUGCAUCAGAUCCUCCACGUUCAUCGAUGUUUCUGACCGGGUAGGUGGAAGUUUCUACCUGUCGCAGUGUUUCGCCAUCAAAUGAGAUUGGGUUGGUAUCCUUCGUGUUGUAUUUUAGGAUCUUGAUUUUCCUUUUAUGUAUGUUGAGACCUAUUGUUGCAGAGUCUGCAGGUUAUGUUAUCAGAACACAUUAAAUGGUAGAUUAUUAUAAAUAUAACAUAUAAAUCGUCAAUCCUAUCAUCAGUUCAUCAAGUAACUGAAGUUAUUCUGAAGUUAACAUUUUAAAUCCCAAUAUUGAAGUAGUUAAUUGGCUUUAUUUGGUAUAUUCAGAAAUGAAUUAAUGAGUUUCUAUCAUACUAUCCAAUCACAUUUCAUUAGGAAUGUCUUAAUACUUCAUGUUUAAUGUUUCAGUUGAUCUAAUAUAAUUUCUUAAUUAUUUGGAUGUUGAAAAAAUGGUGAUGCUUGUCCAAAAUUUUAGUUAUGACAUCAUUUUUUUAUUUGUUAAAUUAUAUCUGAAAGGAAAUGACUUUAACAUGUUGCUUGAUCAACUGUCAAAAGUAUGUAGAAAUGAUUCGUUAGCAUUUUACUGAAAUAUAAUAUGAAUUUACCUAUAAUUAGUUAGAACACUCAUACGUUAAGUGAUCUUAAGUGUUGCUAGGUUUGAAGCUAUCACGAGUUCACUUAAUCUGCGAACGAGAACAAAGACUCAGUGACCAAAGACCAGCAAGCUAUCAACUGAUGCGUCCCAGCACCGCUAACUAGAGGGAGAAGUUCAGGUUUAAAAUGUGAAGUAUAUUCUGCAAAACAGCCAGAACGAGCGAUCACAACAAACGCAAUUCAAAACGUAUAUAUCAAUCAUAUAUAUAUAUAUAAUCGAUAUUGCCAUGGAAGUUUUUUAAACAUUUAAUCGAUAAGUUAGUCAAUCGACUGCCAUUGAAAUAUUUAAACACUUAAACGAUAAGAACAAUUUAUUUCAUACAUAUAGUUCCCUUUAGUAUUUUAAAGAGAGCAAGAACAAAGGUUAGUGCAGAAUAAUAUGAAUUCAUUUUAUUUCGUUAGGUUCUCAUCAGCUGCUUACAACCUAAAAUAUUUGAAAUUCAAAGUUAUUAUAGAUAUUGACAUACUUAUACAACAGAGGGUGAUGAAGGAUGAAUAUAUGUAACAUAACGUAGCAAAGAUUUCGUUAGAGUUAGUGAGGUCAUAAAAUUUUGUUUCGAAUAUAUAGAGUUUGGGAGGGAAAGUUCCAGAAAAUUGAGAUAGUGAUUAGAAAUCAUGGAAUUAAAACACAUUAGACGAUUAUGUACUGAAGUAACUGAAGAUAGAUUAAUGUUAAUAAAGAGAGAUAUGAAUUGAAAUUGGUCAGUUAUGAAUGAUGUAAUUAUAAAAUUCAGAAAGAGUUGGAAUGACGUAAUAAAAAUAAAAGGGGUGGGGUGAAUGUUACCAGGGCAAAGAAAGAUUUAUUACUGUUUCUUUUUGUAUACAAAGAUCUGGUUUCAAACGUUUGAUUGCUAUUGCUUCGGCGAAUUUCAAAAGGUUUGAAUUUGAUUGUUUGUCGAUCACCUUGAAGGACUUCAGUAUAUCAACUUCGUGUCCUGUGUCAAGGAGAUGUCUUGCGACAGCGCUGCUAAAUGCUUUUAGUCCGUUUGAUCUCAAACUCUUCGGAAUAUGUUCUUUCAUGGCUAGCCUCGAAAGAACCAAACUCAAACGAGCGAUUGAUGAGAUGAUGUAAUAUUCGAGGUAUGUUGAUGAUACAUUCAUCUUAUGUAAUAAUCAACAACAUGCAACAAAUCUGUUAAGGUUUUUCAAUGAAGCUCAUCCAAAUAUUCAUUUCACUAUGGAACAUGAAAAAGAAACCAUGUUCCAUUUUCUCGAUAUAGCGAUAAAACGAAGAAAGGAUGGCACAGUUCAACGCUCAGUUUAUAAGAAAGACACAUGGAAUGGUAUUUAUCUCAAUUUCAACAGCUUUUGUCCAAUCAAUUAUAAAACGGCACUUGUUAAAACACUGUUUCACAGAACAGAAAGAAUAUGUACUGCCGAUACAAUAGAAGAGGAAAUUAUGAAUGUUAAAAAGUGUUUAAGAACUAGCGGAUACCCAUUGAGAUUUAUUGAGAAAUAUGGCAAACGUGAAGAUAAAAUACCCAAAGAAACUACAGUAAAUAAAAAACCUGUUUUUAUUCAACUCAAAUUCAAAGGCGAUAAUGUCAUAGGGUCAAUCAAUAUGAGACUAAAAACUGCAUUGACAAAAACAUAUCCUGCAGCUAAAUUGAUUGUCCUGUCCAAAACGACAUGUUCUUUGACACAAUCAAAGGUCGACAGGUAACCCUUCUAUGUUACCACCAACUGUGUAUACAAAUUUAUAUGUAUCUGCCAGAGCAGUUACAUUGGUAGAACAGAAAGGAGAGCCUACGUCCGAUUCAAAGAACAUAUUCCGAAGAGUUUGAGAUCAAACGGACUAAAAGCAUUUAGCAGCGCUGUCGCAAGACAUCUCCUUGACACAGGACACGAAGUUGAUAUACUGAAGUCCUUCAAGGUGAUCGACAAACAAUCAAAUUCAAACCUUUUGAAAUUCGCCGAAGCAAUAGCAAUCAAACGUUUGAAACCAGAUCUUUGUAUACAAAAAGAAACAGUAAUAAAUCUUUCUUUGCCCUGGUAACAUUCACCCCACCCCUUUUAUUUUUAUUACGUCAUUCCAACUCUUUCUGAAUUUUAUAAUUACAUCAUUCAUAACUGACCAAUUUCAAUUCAUAUCUCUCUUUAUUAACAUUAAUCUAUCUUCAGUUACUUCAGUACAUAAUCGUCUAAUGUGUUUUAAUUCCAUGAUUUCUAAUCACUAUCUCAAUUUUCUGGAACUUUCCCUCCCAAACUCUAUAUAUUCGAAACAAAAUUUUAUGACCUCACUAACUCUAACGAAAUCUUUGCUACGUUAUGUUACAUAUAUUCAUCCUUCAUCACCCUCUGUUGUAUAAGUAUGUCAAUAUCUAUAAUAACUUUGAAUUUCAAAUAUUUUAGGUUGUAAGCAGCUGAUGAGAACCUAACGAAAUAAAAUGAAUUCACAUUAUUCUGCACUAACCUUUGUUCUUGCUCUCUUUAAAGAGUAGUGGGGUGUUUGAAUUAACUAAUGAUUCUUUUGUACUUGUUGAAUGCUCGAUUUCGAAUUCUAAAUACAAUACAUUCGUUUGUGCCUGUGUCUUCUUAAUUCAAUUGCGUUAAUCCUGGAAUUCCUCGUUCAUACGAUAAUUCGAAUACUAUAUUGGCGUCGCGAUGGAGCUUGCAAUCGAAAAGUUAGAUAUUCAUUCAACUUCGGAAGCUUUUGAAGAUUGCUUUGAAAGGUUCGAAAUCUGGGCUAUGACCAAGGAAGAUGAUGAGGAUGUUAAUAUUGUGGCACACUUCCUCACAUUCAUUGGAAAAGAAGCAUACAGCUUAUUAAGAACUCUGGCUAUGCCGGAAAAGCCCAUUUCGCUUUCUUAUACAGCUCUCAAGGAUCUACUGCUAGACUAUGCUCAGUAUACAAAUUUCGAAUGUCGUAAAGGAGGAAGAUUUCGUAAAAUGAUUCAUGAGGAUAUAAAAAAGUCCACUACAUCACUACGUCAUCUCAACCUAGUGCAUACUCAAGGUUAUGCAGACAAUUCAUUGAGUUUGGAUGCAGUUCACGAGGAUGGGGACAAGUUUGGCCAGUGUUUGUCCUGUUGCAAGUUCCACUCUUCUAAUUCAUGUAAAUUUCGUAAUUCUAAGUGCUUCAAAUGUCGUGAUAUUGGACAAGUUCAGUCAGUUUGUAAUGCUAAUGUUCAUCUUACUGCAACUAAUAUUAGGCCUUGUAAUUCUGAUUCUACUGAGUCGAGUAUUCAUGAUGAUCAUUUAUCUUUAUCAGCGAUUUCAAAAGACAGUGUAGAGUCAUAUGGCAGUUCAGAGUUAAAUGAAAUCCAGAAUUCUUGUGAGACAACAGUUCCUAAUCAACCGAUUUAUCAGAAUUCUCAUGCUAUUGUACCAGGUAUGACUUUUCCUAAUGAUUCACAUAUUUCUAAUGAAAUUACUUGCAAUUCUGAGGAAAAUAUGUUAAAUGAACCUAAUCAUGAUCGGAAACCUGAUGUGGUUUGGAUAGAUGCUGAUUUUUCUAACGACCCUACGCUCUGCAAUGACAGUCCUAAUGAAUUUCAUGAGAAUAUUUCAGAAGAAUCAAAUCCUGAUGUCAUAUCAUAUAUUACCUAUCCUCAUAAUGCAUUUGAUCCUUGUGAAAAACCUGCUCAAUGCGAAGUACGAGUACUAAGUGACCUCGAGUUUGAUUACAUUUCGGAUGAUUUCAUAUCAACUGCUGUUUACCCUUAUCACAAAAACAGUUCUAAUGUUUACUCUAAACAAUGUGAGAAUUAUGUUUUAAACGAAACCACAUUAUUCAUAACUUGGGGAUAUAAAGAUCCAACAUUAUUUCGUGGGGGAGGGUAGUGUUGAAAAAUCUAUGGUUUGAAUUCUAGAUAUUAAUGAUUUCAUUACAAAACCGACAUGCUGGUUGUAUACAAUUCCAGGUGAGUCUGUUCCGAUUUCGUUUGUUAAUUCCAAUACUAAUGAGCACUUUCUAGAUACUACAAAGUUUUUAUCUUAUACAAUGUCGGACAGACUCAGGAUGAACUUAACAAGAAGACGUACAACCGAUUACAAACACUCAUACUUCUAUUUAAGCUGUGGCGAAUGUGGUGUUUGAAUUAACUAAUGAUUCUUUUGUACUUG